AUGUUUAAAGAAACUACCUUGAAACGGCCCAACAACUUGUUCCAGAAGUGCACAUUAGAAAGCAUGUCUGCGCAGUCAACAGGCCAUACGAGCCAUGGGAACCAUUACCACCACCAUCAUCAUGGAAAUCACUCACAAGACCAAAGAAUCGGCAAAUAUCAGAUCAUAAAGACCCUGGGUGAAGGGUCUUUCGGUAAAGUCAAGCUAGCUUACCAUGUAACCACGGGUCAAAAAGUGGCCUUAAAGAUCAUCAACAAGAAGGUACUGGCUAAGAGCGAUAUGCAAGGACGUAUUGAGCGGGAAAUCUCUUAUUUACGGUUGUUGAGACAUCCUCACAUCAUCAAGCUAUAUGACGUUAUCAAAUCCAAAGACGAAAUCGUAAUGGUAAUUGAGUAUGCUGGGAACGAACUUUUUGACUACAUUGUUCAGCGCGACAAAAUGAGUGAGAACGAAGCUCGCCGUUUUUUCCAGCAGAUCAUCAGUGCUGUGGAAUAUUGUCAUCGCCACAAGAUUGUGCACAGAGAUUUGAAACCAGAAAAUCUGCUGCUUGAUGAGCACCUGAAUGUCAAAAUCGCGGAUUUUGGGCUCUCGAACAUUAUGACCGAUGGAAACUUUCUCAGAACUUCGUGUGGAUCGCCCAAUUACGCUGCUCCAGAGGUAAUUAGUGGUAAACUGUACGCGGGACCUGAAGUAGAUGUGUGGUCUUCUGGCGUGAUUCUCUACGUCAUGUUGUGCCGCCGCCUGCCGUUUGAUGAUGAGAGUAUCCCUGUUCUGUUCAAAAACAUCAGCAACGGUAUCUACACGCUACCAAAAUUUUUGUCUUCCGGAGCAGCCAACUUGAUAAAGCGAAUGCUAAUUGUCAAUCCACUAAAUCGAAUUACGAUUCAUGAAAUAAUGCAAGACGAAUGGUUUAGGGUUGAGAUGCAGGAAUACCUACUACCGGCAGAUUUGAGAAGCGAGGCCGAUGACCACCAGGAUGGUGACGAACAUAAUCGCGGAGACGAGGAAGAAGAAGUAGACGAUUCUUUAGUAGCAAUGCUCUCAAAAACUAUGGGCUAUGAUCGAGACGAGAUUUACGAGGCUCUAGAAUCGGAGGAAGACAACUCUGCAUUAAAAGAAAUUCGGGACGCCUACUCGUUGAUAAAAGAAAACAAAUCUCUUAUUAACGAUCUCAAAAGUAACAAAGAUCAAAGCAAUGACCUGGAUACUUUUUUGUCACAAUCUCCUCCUACUUAUGAUCAAAAACCACAAAGAUCACCUUCGAACUCAGCAACCCAAGGCUCCAGGCAUCAUCGCCACAUCAAGAAAACUCAACACCGUACAUACCAGUCUCCAUUUGUGGACCAGGAAAAAGACGAGGAUAGUACGAUUGCGAUUUUGCCUAGCUCAUUGCCCCAAAUGCAUCGUGCUAACAUGCUGGCGGAGGGGUCACCGGCAGCGACUAAGAUUUCUCCUCUCAGCACCAAGAAAUCAAAAACCAGAUGGCACUUCGGCAUCAGGUCUCGUUCGUAUCCGCUGGACGUGAUGGGCGAAAUCUACAUAGCGUUGAAAAACCUAGGUGCACAGUGGGCGAAGCCCUCGGAGGAUGAUCUAUGGACUAUCCGCGUUAGGUGGAAGUACGAUGUGCGACAACCGGCGAACGAAAAGAUUCCGGAUCUCAUGAAGAUGGUCAUUCAAUUGUUUCAAAUAGAAGCUAACAACUACUUAGUUGACUUCAAGUUUGAUGGUUGGGAAAAUAGUCAAGGCGAAACAACUCCGGCCGGAAACGAGGACGAGAUGAGCACCUUUUCUGCGUAUCCAUUCUUACACUUAACGACCAAGCUCAUCAUGGAAUUGGCAGUAAACAGUCAAGGUGGAUAA